AUGAAUACCCGCAAUGCCAUUGUAGACGGGAACCACAACCGCACCAGUAAGUUUUUGAGUGUGGACUUCAAUCAGGACUACACAUGCUUCAGCUGUUCAAUGCAAAACGGGUUCAUGGUAUUCAAUGUAGAUCCUCUUGAAUGCAAACUUUCAAAACAAUUCAGUAAUCCCAAUGCUUGCGGGAUAUCCAUGUCUCGCAUGCUGUAUCGCACGAAUUACGUGGCGCUCGUUGGCGGAGGUAGAAAACCAAGAAUGCCUCCUAACAAAUUGGUGAUCUGGGAUGACCUACAGCAACGAGAAUCUCUUACACUGAGCUUUAUGUCAGCGGUGAGAGGAGUCUUUCUAUCGCGCAUACACAUUGUGGUAGUUCUAGAGAGUUCCCUCGAAAUAUAUGAAUUUGGUGGAACGCCCAAGCGGCUCAUAGAACCCCUUGAUACCUGUGCAGGAGCUGCAGCAGACUUCGUGGUGUGUCAGCGUGUGACACGCAGAGGUUCGACAUCGGAACCUGCAGUUCCUCAAACAAUAACGCGUGGCGUUCUUGCGUUUCCCUCCGCUAGAAACCCAGGCCAAGUACAAGUUGCGGACUUGUCACAUGUGCAAUCGAGUGAGGCCCAGGAGAACAAUGCAGCUCAGCUUCCGACUUCCAUAAUUAAGGCUCAUAAUAGUCCCAUAAGGCUCAUCAAAAUAAGUCCCAAUGGCACCAUGGUUGCCACAUGUUCGAUGCAAGGUACGCUGAUCAGAAUCUUCAGCACUCAGAACGGCUCACUGAUAAGGGAGUUCAGAAGAGGUCUCAACCGCGCAGAUCUUUACGAAAUGGCAUGGAGCUCUCGAGGCUCACGACUCGCAGUUAUCAGCGAUAAACAGACGCUGCACGUUUUCCAAAUAACGGAUGAUGAUAGUGAAACGAAAAAUAAAACUCACGUUCUCAAAGACUUGCCGCUUCUUUGGAAACCAAAAUAUCUUGUGUCUGUUUGGGCAAUGUGCUCCUUACACUUGCACUCCGCACUGAAGGGAAAGGGUACAAUGAAUGAUCAGGAUUUCUACAAUGAUCGAUGUAAAGUAGGUUGGUGUCAUGACGGUGACGAGGACUCUUUGGUGCUGGUAUGGAAGGACAGUGGUAUUUGGGAAAAGUACGUGCUCCUGGAGAAGGAGCCAAGGUCUUUCACCGUAAACGAUACCUUGCAAACUUCGCCAGCUACGCCGCAUAAGAAAGAGUGGGAAAUUGUCAGAGAGAGCUGGAGAAAAUUGUAA